UACAUCCUAGGAGGAUUGUUUAUUAAACCAUCAGUGGAAAUUAGUACCUGGAGUACCUGGAGGACCUGGAGUUAUUGGAGAUGUCAAAGAUGUGAUGAUAAAAGACGAAGCUAUCAGAUCCUAAUCCACUGUUUCUCCACCAUUAUCUCAGACGUGUGAGAAUAUGUAAAUCUUAGAAUCCACUAUGAACCACUACACCAGGACGGAUCUACAUGAUUAAAGGAAAAGAUUAGUGCAGGAUGGUUGAGUGUGUGCCAACUCAACCCAGAGAAGAAUAUGGAUAUAUAUCCGAACCUUGCAAACAGAUAAACAAGUUGUGCAGGACGGAGUUGCCAGUUCUAAUGGAGCCUGCCAAUUACCUCACAACUCUUCUAUAUUUUCACAGGUUGGGUUGAGAACUGAAGAUGCUUGAUAUACUACGAGGGCUGAAGAGCCUGGUUAAGCUCUCUCAUGUUCAGAUUGAUUCUAGUAUAUUCCGACUCCACUAUACCGUCACAGUUAUCUGCCUUCUUGGAUUCUCUCUGUUAGUGACGACAAGACAAUAUGUUGGGAACCCGAUUGAUUGCGUUCAUACUAAGGAUAUUCCAGAGGAAGUUCUCAAUACCUAUUGUUGGAUACACUCCACCUACACUAUACCCAGCGCAUUCUGGAAACGGAUUGGAAUAGAUGUUGCUCAUCCUGGGAUAGAUAAAACUGUAGAUCCAGAGGAGAGAAGAUAUGUCAGAUAUUAUCAGUGGGUUUGCUUCUGCCUAUUCUUCCAGGCAAUCCUGUUCUAUAUCCCUCGAUGGUUGUGGAAGAACUGGGAGGCUGGGAAGGUUGCUGCUCUAACAAUGGACCUAGAUCUGGGAAUAAUAUCUGAGAGUGAGAAAAGACUGAAGAAGAAACUGAUCCUGGAUUAUAUUUAUGCCAAUCUAAAACACCAUAACUUCUGGGCCUUUAGAUACUUCUUCUGUGAGUUACUGGCGCUCAUUAAUGUCAUAGGUCAGAUGUUUUUACUGGACAGAUUCUUCGAUGGAACAUUUCUCACUUUUGGGAUCGAGGUUCUAUCCUUCGCAGACCGAGAUCAGGAGGACAGGAUCGAUCCAAUGGUUUAUAUCUUCCCGAGGUUGACCAAGUGCACUUUUCACAAGUUCGGUAGCUCUGGAGAGCUGGAGAAACAUGAUGCUCUCUGUAUUCUACCAUUAAAUAUCUUCAAUGAGAAGAUUUAUAUCUUCCUAUGGUUCUGGAUGCUGGGAUUAGUGGGACUAACAACUAUUGUGGUUGUCUAUAGGAUUGCACUCUGUGCCUCUGGUUCACUAAGAACUUAUCUCUUUAAACUCAGAUACCGGAGAGUUAAACCUGAGUGUGUUGAAAUUAUCAUGGAGAAAACAGCUGUCGGAGAUUGGUUUCUUCUCUACCUUCUAGGACAGAAUAUUGAUCAUAUGGUUUUCAAGGACGUGUUUCAUGAUUUAGCGAAGAAGCUUGGAUACAGGAACAAGGAUAUGUCGGAUCCUUAAACACUGAACAACAUGAGAAAUAUAGCUUGGAUACAGGAACAAGGAUAUGUCGGAUCCUUAAACACUAAACAACAUGAGAAAUAUAGCUUGGAUACAGGAACAAGGAUAUGUCGGAUCCUUAAACACUAAACAACAUGAGAAAUAUAGCUUGGAUACAGGAACAAGGAUAUGUCGGAUCCUUAAACACUAAACAACAUGAGAAAUAUAACUAAAUAUAACUUAAACACUGAACAACAUGAGAGAUAUAACUAAAUGUUUAAAUAUGCUGCAGUGUGAAGAGUAAGAAUGGAGGAAUCCAACUUCAAGCCGUGUAAGAUUAAAUCUAACCAAUAGAAUUAGUUCAGCUAACGCCUGGAUAAGAAAAGUACUGGAUUUAAUGCAGUACAGAUUUAAGAUAAUUGUUACAUCAGUGCUUUGCUGGCAUUAAACCGUCUCAAACAAUUCCUGAACCUUUUCUUGGAUUUAUAUAAACAUCUAUAGAACUCAUAGAACUGCAUUGAUUCAUACAUUUCGUCCAAAAAACGUGCUAUCCUCAUUUAUCACUUUCAAGCUUGAUGUUAAUGAAUUAUAUCAAUGAAAAGAACAAGAAUGUAUAUGGGAUGUAUACGGGAUGAGAACUAGAACGACAAAAUUUGCGCGACCCCCCCCCCCCCCCCACCUUUGAAAUUAUUGGGAGGGGGAAAAUUGUUAAAUAUGCGGAAUUUCUUUAUUGUUUUUUAGUUUUAAUUGAGGAAAAUGAUAUCUCUAGCGGUUAAAAGUGAAAAGGGGGGCCAGUGCUUAGGAUCCAUUUAAUUUUGAUGCGGAUCCGGAUCCUGGAUCCGCACUGGAAAAAAAUGGACCCCCCCCCCAUGUAGUGUAUACGCCUUUGAAGACAAACUGAAAUCCUUGCAAAGUAAAAAAACGGGAAUUCAGCUUUUUUCAAGCUUAUCUAAAAUAUAAAGAAAGGUAAAAGUUUCAAGUAAUAAAACGCCUUCUCUAAUCUGAAUAUCCGGUGCAUAAUUUAACUAUAAAUAGUAAUUGCUAAUUAAUUAAGAGUAUAUUUAUAAUAUGUAUAAAUGAGUGAGAUAUACAAAGUGAUAAUCGUGAAAGUUCCUCGUAAAGGUCUUGUCAUUUAUGCAUUUAAGGAAACGUAACUUGCCUUUUGAAGAAUUCACCAAGUCAUGAUAAACGUUUUAAAAUCUAAAAAUGGGUACAAUAAGUACUUUACCUUAAUUCAGUCCAGUAUUAGGUCCUUUUUAUUCUUAAAGGAUUUCAUACAAAAUAGAUUUGAAUAAAAAUAUAAAAAACUCACAGAAAACAUAGUAUAUGAGUCAUUGGAAAAAAGUCAUGAUUUUUGAAUCGGAAGAUAAAUUUGCAGUAUUACACAAUUUUAAGAGUUUUGGCUUGCUUUCAAUUUUCCACGUAACUUUCAGAAUAAUUCUGCAUUAUAUAUGGUUAUUUACAUAUUUUCUACAUUAUUGCCUUAUGGUGUGCAUUUAUAAUAUUUAAAGAAGAAUUUUGAAAUUAAAAAAACCCCUGUCCUACUUUUGAAAUGUAAACAUUAGACAUUGCAGGGUGGAAUGCAAAUUCGGGUUUAGGAUUGUCUUUUAAGAAUGAGACUUUAAAGAAGAGGGAAAAUAUUUUAUAAAUUCGUUUUAGAUUCACAUUUUUUUGACUUCAUUGGCUACAUUAUUCAUGUAGAAUUACCAAGCACGCAUUAAUUUCAGAAGAAUCAAAGCUUUAGAUCAUAAUAUUUAAAAAAGUUCCAGGUCGUUAUCAGAGUCGCAUAUUUUAAGGUAACCUUAAAAACCCGGAGAAAGGUUAGACCUUCAAUGAUAUUCUAUGAUUACAAUUUUGUAUAUCUCAUUUUUUCCUGCAUAUAUCUCGUUGUAGAUGGUCUAGUCACAGAGUUGAGAAAUUUAUGUAUCAUAAUAGUAUAGAUUAAUAUAAACAAUGUGUAAAUUGUACAAAAUAUAUCAAGCCAAAAUUUCGUCAAUAUUGUUGUAAUAUUAGUAUUAAAUUGUAAAUGAUAUUAUGCUAUCACUCGUCAGAAAAUUCCCAAGAUAGAAUGUUGAAAAAAUUCAAAAAUUUAACUACAGCUUUUUUUUAAAAAGCCUUCAUAGAACGCUAAUCUAAUUAAAAACAGCUUAAAAAAAAUGUUAAAAACAGCUCAACAAAGGAAUGUCAUUUAUCCUAAAAAAAAUAUAAUCAAUGAAAUUAU